UCCGAUUUGCAUCACACCAACACAUCGGAGAGUGGUGGUGUAGUAUAACUACGGCAACACCUCAGUAGAUAGAAUGGAUUAUGAUGUUAGACGGAUUGAAAUAUCUGCGAACCGGGGUUGGUCUUGGAGUCCGUAGACCUUAGUUGAGCACGUCCCUCCAUUUCUAUCCCCCUUUUUCCGAUGACAUUUUAAUAAUCAACCAACACCAGCGCAAGAGGGGUAGUGGCCAAGGAAAGCUGCGCUUUCUGAUUGGACGCCAGCACGUGGUUGGAAGGGGGCUGGCCUGACUUGCACCAAGCGCCACCGCAGAAGACUUAUGUGCCAUGCAUUGCGAUCAAUUGUACACACUCCAAGCGAGGUAUAAAAACGUGGUGUGUAGUCAGAACCUACCAACACCUACACUGAACCGUGAAGGACUUCGACCACACCCCAAGAUUAUGCUUGUGUUGUGAGUCUGAUAAAGUGAAAAACAUGGCUUUAGAUACGGACCAACAAUCGUCCGAGACUAGGCAUUUGGACUCACCAGGUAGGCCAAAUUCCGCCCCCGAUAUGGACAGUUCUAAACAACCUACUUCAUCGGCAGCAUCUUCACCCACUUCUGUACAAACGCUCAAGUUUUCUAUCGAAAAAAUACUUUCACCGGACUUCGGUAGAACCGUAAGGGAGAGUUCGGAUGAUAGUAGCAAAUCAUCAGGUAAUAAUAACAAACACUCGUCUUCAACCGGGGCAGAUGCAAAGAAACCAGCCAUGCUCUGGCCAGCGUGGGUCUACUGCACUCGAUACUCUGACAGACCAUCAUCCGAACCUAGGCGUUUGUCCAGAUCCCGUCAAGCCAACUCUAACUACUCAGGACCCAGGUCGAGGAGAAUAAAGAAAGCCGAAAAGAAAGCUGACGAGAAAAGGCCACGCACAGCAUUUACUGCAGAACAAUUGGCCAGGUUGAAACAAGAAUUUCAAGAAAAUCGUUAUCUUACAGAAAAAAGAAGGCAGGACUUAGCAAGAGACCUCAAAUUGAAUGAAUCUCAGAUCAAAAUCUGGUUCCAGAAUAAGAGAGCUAAAAUCAAGAAAGCUAGUGGACAGAGAAAUCCUUUGGCCCUUCAGUUAAUGGCACAGGGACUUUAUAAUCACAGUACUAUACCCGUUAGGGACGAUCAGGAUGAACAGUCGAUGUCGUCGUAAAAAACGAACUUGUAAAAAAGAAAAAAAAAAUUUCAAAAAUUUCAAAAAUUUUCUGUUUUCUUCAAUAGUUGCAGAUUUAAAAAGAAAUUAUCGGUUUUUCUUAAUCCCAAUUGAAAAACCGUUUUGUGCUGUUGCUCAACCAUUAAAAAAAUAUAUAUAAUAAUAAUAAUAAAAUAAAACCACGAAGAAAACCAUAACGAUUGGUUUUAUCGACUAGAAUUUUUUUUUGUUCUGAAGAGACUGGACUUCUGUAUAAAUAUUAGGGGUGGUGUACCAAAAUUCGUUUCUCAACUUUGUGGUGAUAUCUAGUCCACUUCAUCUCCUUAAAAAAAUUCAAAAAUUUGGACUUUAGUUCUCAAAAUAUUCUUAUGGUUUUUUUUUUUUUAUAAGAGAGCCUCCUAAGUUCCACUUUUAUUAUGGUGGUUGCAAGGACUCUAGAAGAGAUUCCUAAGAGGAUUUACUUAUUAGUAGGCCUACUUAAUUUCGUUAAGAUGUGGUCUAAAUAGUGAAAUUUCAAACUCUGAAGUUUCAAAAAAAUAAAUGAAAGAAAAACGAAAUAUAAAACAACAAAUGGCUGGCAAUGAAAGAGUUUUUAAAGUGCAUUUAUUUAAAACCUUCAGAAGAGAGAAGAGUUAAAUCUACUUUAGUGUUAGGGUUUGCUUACGUAAUUUAGGAGCAAUUUUAGAAGGUUUAAUCUCUGGAGCCAUUAUUAAUAAAAUCGUGCCACAGAAGAGAAGAUA